AUGUCGACACCAACGCCCACAACCCUCCGCAGCCUCUACCGCUCCCUCCUCCGCGAACUACCUCCCCGUACCUCACGCACACCCUCACCCCUCGCAACUCACCUGCGCACCACCUUCGCCUCUGUCCCCAGCACAACCCCCACGUCCUCAAUCACACGCGCCAGCCUCUCAGACUCCCAAUCCACUUCUUCUUCCAUGGCCACCUCGUCUGGUCUCGACGCCAUCGGUGCCACCAAAACACCGCUUCAGAGGGUACAAGAAGCACAACAAUUGGCGCAGUAUCUCAAGGCACAGAGGAUGUAUGUUACGCUGGUGGAGAGGUACAAUCCUGGUAUGAAUAUGAAUGAGGAGGAGAGGGUUAGGUUGACGGCUAGGAGGGUGGGUAUGGAUUUGCCUGUGGAUUAUGUCAAGGAGUAG